UCUGCAGGUUCUGCUGUUGGUUGGCUUGGUGACAUUCUGUCUCUGUCUAAUCCUGGGCUGUGUGUUGUGCUGGAAGAGGAGUAAGACCUGUCCUCUCCAAGACCAGGAGCCCAGAACACCACCACCACCUGGUGACACCAUGACCCUGGGAGUCCAGGCACAGAGCCCCGCUUCACCUCAUCCUCCCCAGGCAGGGAGCACCACAACCAGGCAGCAGGACGAGGAUCUAGACGGGGAGGUGGUGGAUUACCCCACCACCUUCAGCAGCUCUACUCCCUCUGAUGACGACUUCACCACCCUUCCCCUCUCCUCCCAUCGCUCCUCCCGUGGAGCCUCCUCCGAGCACAAGGAGCAGCAUCCCAAGUCCUACUUCCCCCUGCGUCGUCUAUCCACACCCUCCAUCGCCUCCCCGCACUACAAGCCCAUGAACUCCCACCAUGGCGGUGGACGCUCCUCUUUCCCCUCCCUCCCUCGUCUGGGUCUCAUCUCCAAGACUCGCCAGACUCUGGAGCGGAGUUGCUCCAUCACGGGACACAGCCUGUACAGCGAGCGCAGAAGACUCACCAGUACAUCCUCAUACCAUACUCCUUCCACCUGCGCCCCCGAGGAUGGCCACUUCGCACCCAUCCCACUCCACACCCUCCACUACGGGUCCAGCUGCAGAGCACCAGCUCGGCCGGCCCCAACCCUCCACUUCACCAUGUCCUUCUCCUCAGAGAAAGGUACCCUGAGCAUCACGGUCCUCAGCCUGACCGGAACCACUCACCGCCUGGGGGAGGUGUCUGUGAUGGCCAACCUAGCCCCUCUGUGCCCCUGCCCCCUCCAGGCCUCCACCCUCUGUAGCCCCAGCCUUAGCCCCAACUCCAGCCUUAGCCCUGGGCCUAAUCCGGACCCCCACACCCUGGGCUUGACCAUGAAGGCUGGUUCCCUGGAGGAACUUCAGCGCUGUGUGCUCAGACUGGUCGUGUACACACGAAACCUACCCAGCCUGAGGGGCUCUCUGCUGGGGGAACUAGAGGUACAGCUGGGGGGAAAGGACUGGAAGACAGAUCAUUCCAUCUACUGUACUAAGGAGCUUAGCCCCAAGAAGUGGAAGCUAAAAAAGAGCCUGACCUCCCAGGAUGCGGCGACCAGUAGAGGACGGAGCCUCAGCCCACAAGUCCAGGGUCAGCUGUUUAUUCUGCUCCAGUAUCAGACCCUGGCCCACCGCGUCAAGGCCAUGGUCCUCCAAGCAGAUAACCUGGCCAACCUUACACCAGACUACCAUGUGGUGAUCAACCUGCGUCACGACGGGUUGGUGAUCGGAACCAAGGAGACCAAGGGUGUGGGCAGGGCCAACACCCCCUUCCUGUUUGACCUGCCCCCUGGUGAUGUCACUACGCUGCCCCUCGUGAUGGAGUUCAUCGUCAUGCAGGAGCACGUGUACUCCAAUAACACGGUGCUGGGGAGAGUUCUGAUUGGUCCAGAGGCUCCAGAGACGGGACGUUCUCAUUGGAGGGACAUGUGUAGCCAGGGUCAGGUGGAGAGGGCACGCUGGCACACCGUCGAACAAGAACCUUUGGAAAAGAAUAAAAAACAAUCAGACUCCAGAACAUUGGGAUACUAA